GCACACACGGCGUUUUCUCCGCGGUCAGAGGGAGUGCGGUGGUGUUUAAAGCGCAAGUCUCUCUCGAAGCUGUAUAAUAAAGAAGUCCUCCUUACAGCAAACACUUCCCUGAAGUCGGAGUGAGUUACGGAUGGUGAAUUACUCUGUGGAGCUUCUGUUAAAUAGUUAUUGCUUUGGUUGUCUGAGAAAACACAGGACUCUCUUUAAUUGGCAGGAGAACAUGCGCGACACAGAGGACAGUGCUUCUUUAGUGAGCUCCAGACUGCACUGCUCCAGGCAGCAGGCUCCAGGGCCUCUGUGGUGCUCCGAUGCCCCUCACCCACUAACGAAGAUCCCGAGUGGGCGAGGGACCGGAAGGGAUCUCCCUCUCAGUGUACCUCUUCACAAGGACGACAGGUUGACAGUGACUCGGUCGGGUGCGGUGAGCGGAUCUCCAUCGAUCCUGCACUUCCAGUACAAGCUAAGCGAGCGGCGUUUCUCCUGCUGGGACACCGUGCUUGCAGCUAACUGCCUGUAUCUUGAGAUCCCCAGCGGAACUCUGCCAGAGGGCAGCAAAGAGGGUCUUACCAGUCUGCUGGAAUUUGCAGAGGAGAGUCUGAAAGUCAGCUAUGUUUUCCUGUGGUUCUAUAAAACCAGAGAGGAUCGAUUGUCCAUCACCAAGACCUUCCACUACAUGGGUUUUGAGGUGGUGAAGCCCGGUCACCCUCUGGUGCCGACCCGGCCCGAUCUCUUCUUCAUGGUCUACUCGAUGGACAACAGCAGCUCUGAUGAGGAAUGAGUGUCUCAUGCUCUGAAAAUGGCCCCCAUGAUUCCUCCUUCUUGCUCUUACGUCUUGUCCUCCUCCACAACAUUGCCUUCUUAACCCCAUCCUCAACAAUAAACUCUGAGAUCGUGUUGGGGCAGGAGGAGUAGGAACAUAGAACAGACCCCACUGAUUGGUUGGUUGGUCGGUGCUACAAGUAACCUCCGGUGCGUCCUGAUGUUUCUGAUGUUCCUUUUAUGUGCAGCGUGCUUUAGACAGGAUAUAGUUAAGAGGGGAAUCACAUAAGGGAAAGACUUUGUGGCUUUAGGGACACACUGCAGCACAGGAAUGAUUGAAUAUUUUUUUUCUUACUCCUACUGUUUUACAAUUCUCACUCUUCUGUUGGUCACCAUUCCUUAUUUUGCAUCACAAAGCAUUGCAGCAGUAGAUCAGAUCGCCACAGUUCAUACAGCAAUCAUGGGUCCUUCUCGUCCUGGGAAUCUUAAUAUGCUAUAGUGGUAAUCUGUAGGAUUGCUUGAAGUGCUUUGCAGUGAUCUGGUAAAUGGCUACGCAAGGCUUGAAUUAUUUAUUAAUAUCGGAACUAUGGCGCUCUGUAAAAGGGUCCAAUAUGAUGGUGUCUGGGAUUUAAUGCAGUUCAAUUCACAUUUAGCUGAGAGUCGGAUAGGGUUAUGGAUUGUGCUGAAUUUUUGAGUGCAGGUUUUUUUUAAAAAUGACUCAUGAUUCUACCACUAGAGGCAAUUAAGCAGACACGUAUGGAUAAUGAGGAGAGUGCAUUCUCUGACUCGUGCCGUUUCUGAAUCAUCCCUUGUUCUUUAUAUUUCAUAACCCUGUUUUAUUCUGACAGUCUUACUUAGGAUGGAUUUAAGCUUCACGUGAUUUGUGCUCAUCAGUCCAGAUAAACAAUGCUCUAUUCUCUCUCUAACAAAUGCACUUUAGCUGUAUGCAUGUAAUCAAACCCACGCUUUUAAACUGUCUUCAUGUAUUUAGGGAAAUUGAGACAGUUGCCAAAAAUGGUCCCUUUCUUAAAGCUCACACACUUCCACACUUCAUCAGAGUACCAAUAUCAGGCUUGGAGAUCAUGCUGUCAGGAGCAAUAUGACACUGUAGAUGUCUGGAUACAUUCCCCAUAGCUGGAGCGUUCGAUCUGACCCGAACAGAGUCAGGCCUGCUGGAAGCCGAGUGCAAGCUGUGCUUGGGCUCCAUCUCUGGGACUUUCUUUGGGUUCAGCGUGUGUGUGUGUGUGUGUGUGUGUAUACAGGAAAUCUUACAUUUAAUACAUGGAAUUAACUUCGAGCCAUGGCAAUAAGCUGUUAUAAAAUAAGUUUCUUUUCAGCUUUGGAGAUUUUUUUUUUUUUUUUUUUGAAUUUCUUUGUAGAUUAGGAUUUUGUUUACGGUUUUAAAAAAAUGGACAAUCCACACGUGUAUACCCAGACCCUUUUUCUUUUUUUUUUU